UGUACCUCUUUCUCUACAUAUAUUAAGUGACAACUGAUGAAUUCAUCACUGCAACCUUUUGGGGUUUUAGUUUCAAAAGCAUAGUAGAGAAAUCCCAUUAUCUGCAGCUUGAAGGUUCAGUUUUUGAGAUUGUUACCCUUCACAGAGAAAAAGAAGAAAGAUUUUGAAGAUUGUUACUGUUUGAACCUUGGUGGUCAUGUCAACUACUUCAUGAUAGGAACUGAAGAUAAAACACUGUUUUGUUUCUGUCAUUGGGGCUGGAAGAAUAAGGUGCUUCCAGAUGGAUCCACUCUGUAUGUUGAAGGUAUUACCCGUCAGGUUAUUGCGGAAACGGGCAUAAAGUAUAAUGAUUUUGUGAAUGCAGUUUUUGACCGAUUAUGCAUUGAUCCUUCAGAUAAGAUCUUGCACUUUACUGUGAAGUUUGAUAGGUCCCAAUUGAUAGAGCUGAGAGACCAAGAAGACGUCAAUACUCUAUUACAAUAUAAUGAUGGUUUUGCACAUGUUUAUGCAUCAAGUUUGGAGAAGGAGCCUUAUUCUACUUUGCCGUCAGUUGACACGAAGAAAUUUGAACUUACUGUUGAUUCUGAUUCAGAACUGGAUACACUUCCUAAUAGUAACCUUGCAGAGGUGUAUGAUUAUCCGGAUCCUGAAUUUAGUGAUUUCGACAAGCUUAAAGCACAAAAUUGCUUUGCAAUGGAUCAGAUCUGGGCUUGCUAUGAUAUGGCUGAUGAAAUGCCAAGAUGCUAUGCUCACAUUAGGAAGGUACACAGUCCUGAAUUUAAGGUAAUGUUCAGUUGGCUUGAGGCUCAUCCGGAAGAUAAAAGGGGUAGAGCUUGGGUCAGGGCAGAGUUACCUGUUGGCUGUGGGAAAUUUAGAUCUGGGGGUACUCAAUUCACUUCUGAUCGACUCAUAUUUUCUCAUCAAGUGCAGUGCGAAAUGGGCAAAAGAGAUCUGUACAUUGUAUAUCCGAUGAAAGGGGAAACAUGGGCCCUUUUCAAAAAUUGGGAUAUUAGUUGGAGCUCUGAUCCAGAUAAUCAUAGGAAGUACAAGUACGAAAUUGUGGAGAUUCUUUCUGAUUAUGUUGUGGAUGUUGGUGUCCAAGUUGGGUAUUUAGCUAAAGUGACCAGAUUUCUUGGACUUUUUCAGCGAACAAGGCCGACUGAAGUUGGUGCAUUUUUUGUAAAGCCAAACGAACUUUACAAGUUCUCUCAUCGAAUUCCCUUUUUCAAAAUGACUGGAACUGAAGGAGAGGGUGUACCUGCGGGAUCGUUUGAACUUGAUCCUCUUUCUCUUCCCCUCAAUCCAGAUGAUAUUUGGUACCCUGGGAAAGUUAAGGAAGACAGCAGGACUGCAAAUUUUAAACCUGUAGAAAAUGAUCUGCCUGCAAUUCCUCUUGGAACUAGAGAUAAGUCUAGGAGUGCAACGACACCUCUGAAGUCAGUGGACUUGAAUGGCAUCCAUGCUACUGAAGGAGAUUCUGCUAAGGUUCGAAUAUCUCCUAAAGAAAUGAACAUCUCUGAGAAAAAGCGAACUCAUUUGAGCUCUUGUUCUGCCAAUGACGGUCCUUCCACUGAUUAUAAUUGUGUUAAAAGAAGUCGUCACCCAAGUCCCGGUGUACCAAUUCGUUUGUCAUGUCAAGCUGAUAGAGAGUUACAUUCACGCACAAAGAACUUUGGUCUCAGCAGCUUCUUUGGAAGCUCCAAAAAACCAUCAUCUUUUUCAGCUGAUAAAGGUUCUGAAGAAAUAUUUAGUGAUUUUAAGAUGGACAGAUCUAUGGAAAAGUUUCAAGUAAAUCAGGUAUGGGCUCUUUAUGGUCAAACUGGUACAUUGCCAAGGACUUAUGCUCUGGUUAAGAAGAUAGUUCCUGACCCAUUCAAAUUGCAUGUAGUCCUUCUUGAAGCAUGUGCAGGCCCUAAUAGUGCUGCCCAGUCAGUUUGUGGAGCGUUCAAAGUCCAUAAUGAAAAACAACAUCAAGUCUAUGCUCCUAGUUCAUUCUCCCAUGUGGUGAAAGCAGUAUCUAUUAAUAGGAACAGGUUUGAGAUCUAUCCAAGAGAAGGAGAGAUUUGGGCAGUGUACAAGAGGUUGAAAAAAUCAGGUUUGGAUCCAGACAAGUUUGAGUAUGAGAUAGUCGAGGUCCUUGAGUAUUCAAAAGACUGGAUAAAAGUGUCAUCCAUGGUUCGUGUGAAUGGUUUUAAGUCAGUCUUUAGGUCUCCAAGAAAGCAAAGAUCGAAUUCUGUUAUUUUAGAAAUACAAAAAGAUGGUUUUUGGAGAUUCUCUCAUCAGAUCCCUGCAUUUCAGUUGAGUGGGGAAAAAGGAGGGGUUUUGAGAGGCUGCUGGGAGCUUGAUCCUGCUUCAGUACCGUGUUCUUUGUUAAGUGAUGCACCAGUUAUAAUCUGAUGGGAUGGUUAUCCUGGAUUAACACAGUGAUGGAUUAUUGUUGUCUUCAGUUUCUCGCUAGAUGUUUUAAGACGAUGCAUAGCUAGAGGGAGGGCAAAAAGGUAGCAGAUGCACUAGAGCGCAUGGGUCUGUAGUUUCUGGAAGUUGUAUAUUACGAUACCCCUCCCCCUUUUGUAAUGGGUUUAUACACCCCAGACUAUCAAAGGAAUAAAUAUGUUGGAUAGUCCAGAAGUUCUUGUAAAGACGCUA